AGGAAUCUUCAUCAUACAAAGUAUCUUGAAACUCUAAAAUAAUUAACUAUAAAUUUUCUUUCUUUCUGGGUCCUCAAUUUGAAAACUCCACCACUAUUAAUCUAAUCCUCCUCACGUUUUUAUUUAGUAAAAUAUUUACCCUUUCUUCAAAAUUGAACCUUUGAUUAUUAAGCACUAUAUCGUCUCUUCCUCCAAAAAAUAUUUUUGUUUGUUUUUUGGGUUGCAGUGUAACAAAUCGGGGCUGCGGAUCUGUCAUGAAAGAUACUGUCAAAAGAUAUCUUUUUCAAUCCUGCUCCCGCUGCAUCUUUUGGUCCCAUUGUGACCCAUUUUUCUCUUCAAUUUCCCAAAAAAAAGGGACAAAUUAAGAGUUUGUAAAAGGUGGGAGGUGGGUUUCGAUUGUUUUUGUCUGUUAUUUUGAGUGUUUUUUCUGGUUGAAAUUGCAUUUGGAGAGAGGGGAAUAAGAGAGAGAUUGGAUAAACAUAGAAAGAAUGUUGGAAUUGAGGGCCAGCAGUUGCUUCCCACCUGCAAUUGUUGCUGUUUAUUCUACUCUUGCUUGUGUUGAUGCUGCUAUUGCUGUUUUUGCUUUCUGCCAGUUAGCAAGGAUUCACUCAAGAAGUUCGCUACUAGGUUGGACCCGCCAAAAGGUCUUUCAUCUCCUUAUUGGCCUCUGUAACUCGGGUUACUUUAUUUAUUUUGUAUUAACACUCAUCGCCACUUGCAAUGAAUGGUCAUGCUGGUCAAGCUCCUGUGGUUUUGUAUUUAUGGCAUUCCCUAAGAUCCUUUUUUUUGCGGCAUUCCUUCUCCUGCUGUCAUAUUGGGUGGAUCUUUGCCACCAUGCUGAUGAUGAGGAGGAUGAGGGUGACAAUAAUUAUCGUGAAGCUUUAUUGGAUAAGACAACAAAGGAGCCACAAUUUACAAUCAUGGAUAAUAGUCAAAGAUGCUUUCCUAUUCCAUCACUUCAUGUUGGAAGCCGCCAAAGAGUCGUUAUUUUGGUAACGGUCAUAGUUUUUGCUGUAAUGGUAGCUUUCGCUGUGCUAAUUUGGAUUGGGAUGGGAAAGAAUCCGAUUGAUUCAUCAACUGUUGCCCGGGUUUAUGUGGAUACUUUUGCAGUCGGACUUCUUCUUUUAGGAGGGGCAUUAGCAUGUUAUGGACUCCUACUAUAUUUGAAGAUGAGCAAAGUAAGAUCUGAGGGAGCUUCAUCUGAGAUGUGGAAGGUCACAGGUCUUGCUAUUGUUUCUGUUGUAUGUUUCACAACAAGUGCUUUAGUAGCUCUUCUUACUGAUAUCCCGGUUCUCUAUCGUUGGCAUCACGAGCGCAUUAAUGGUUUUAGUACCACUAUCUCACUGAUCUUAUUCUAUUUUAUAGGCUCAUCAGCACCCGCAGCCUUUGUAUUGUGGGUCAUGAGAGAACUACCACCUUCACGGGUAGCCAAUAGAGUCGAAGAAUCAACAAUAGUGACCUUCAUUAGUGAUGGAUCAACAGGAGUACAUAAUGCUCAACGCUGGACUACUGUAACCAGCUUGCAAAAUCAGAGUUCAAAAGCAAGCCCCAUCUAGUGUAAAUCAUGCCAAAAAUAAGUCUAGGUGAUAAUUUCUGGAUCAGAAUUUUGCGCUCUACUUCCUCAUGAAAAGUUGGGCAACGUGGCAUCCUGAGUUUUGGAAGAAGUUGAUUUAUGGCAUCAUACAGUUCUUCACUCUGUAGCCAUGCCGCUUUAAUUCGAUUAAUUUGCUUGGAAUAUCUGUACAUACAAGUAAGCCACUCUACCCAUCCUCGAAAAGUGAAUAAGGAUGAUUAGAGAAUGGCCGGAUGGGAAGCCAACCUCGUUCGCCUCUUUUUCCUGACAUAGAAAGAUGUCAAGUUUUGAAGCUCAACAUGAUGGAAUGUAUGGAUGGGUAAUUAUCAUAGUUCAUAUAUUUUUUUAUGUAGUUGAUGAUAACUGUAUAAUCAUUUGACUCAAUAGUCCCUGAAAUUGAAAGUUGUUAUGAAGUUGAGUACCCUUCAACUCUGAUGACAUGUUGACAUGCAAUCUUUGUUUUGUUCCUUGGAUUUUUAGAAUAAGAGAACGUCAUUUUAAUAAGAGAGAUUCAUUUGGUA